AUGAAUGUAAUGAAAUUAAAUGGAAUCAAGGUGUACAACCUUACUGCUAACAAAUCUUUACCUGAGUGGGCAUCCCGUGCGGAAAAACGAAAAAAAAUUUCACGAGACAGCAGCCUUACUCGCCAUAUUGAGCUUAUUCAAGAGCUGGAAAUGCCAGAUUCGACAACCUACAUAACAGGAUCUCCUGAUGGUCAAUACUUGUUCACCCUUGGUCGUUAUAAGCCGCGUGUCAAAUGUUAUGAGCUGAGCAACCUCUCACUCAAGUUCGAUCGUUGCUUAGAUUACCUUCCAUAUCGGAUGCAAAGUCUGAGUGACGACUACUCAAAGUUUGUCCUAUUAGAGGAAGAACGAUGGGUUGAUGUGCACGCGGCUGGAGGACAUUAUUUUAAAUUCAGGGUACCCAAGCCUGGGGUAGAUAUCGCCUAUUGCCCAUUUACAUGUGAUCUUUUCAUUGUAUCUUCAAGGAGCAACAUUUAUCGUAUGAACCUGUACGAAGGCCGAUUCAAUACACCCAUCAAUAACGAGAGACUGGAGGGUACCUCCAGUGGAUUUACUUGUUGUGCCUAUAGAAAAGAACAUAGUCUUUUAUUGUGUGCUUCAUCAAUCGGUUGUGUGGAUGGAUGGGAUGCACGCACGGGGGAACACGUGCUUGGGAUGAACGUCUCAGCUUACGCCCCACCUCCGGAUGAACUGAAGGAUACAUCAUCUGGUUUCCGCAAACAAAUCGCUGGUGUAUCAUGUGUCAAAUUUAAAGAUCCUUUAAAUAUUGCUGUUGGGACUACUGAUGGAAUGGUUUAUCUCUAUGACAUACGACAAAAUCGAAAACCAUGGCAUUCAAGGGAUACAGAGUUUCGAAAGUCUGUAAAAACAAUAGACUUUCACGAUGAUAAAAUUCUUGCUCUUAUGCCAAAUUGCCUGAAAAUUUGGAGCAUAGACACAGGCAAUAUAUUCGUCGGCUUCGACACUGGCAGAUUUGAGUGCAACUGGAUGUACCAUUUCAACAACAGUGGAUUAAUUAUGGUGGCUGCAGAAUCUCCGAAAAUUGCUACUUACUUCAUCCCACUUUUGGGCGAAGCUCCUGCAUGGUGUAGUCACCUGGAUCAGUUGGUAAUCGAAUGUGAACCGGAUGUAGCAACUAUGUACGAUGGAUAUAAAUUUCUGACUAGACAACAGCUUGCCGAAUUGGGUAUGCUCGAGCUUAUAGGAACUCAGUUUUUACGAGCCUAUAUGCACGGUUAUUUCAUCUCAACAAGACUUUAUAAUAAAGUCCAAGAACGCUUGGGCAUCACACCUAGCCCGGUGGAUGCAGCUGCACCAAGGAAGCCAAAAGUUCCCCAACCCACAUUGGAAACAGUUGAAGACGAUGGUACCGAUGAAUUAGACGAAGCUUCCGCCGAUAAUCCCAAGUUGACGUUUACUGUGAAAGAUGAAGAGUCUGAGUUGAUGCGUAUACAUCAGUCACGUUUGUUAAAGAAACGGCGUCGAAAGGAAAUUCGCAAAGAACGUGCCGAGCGCGCCCAUGCGUUGGUGGAACAUAAGUAA